AUGACUGAGGAAACACCCAGCAGCGGAGGCCCUGCAGCUGGAGGUGCAGGUGGCGCCCCGGCAGCUCCAGCAGGCAACAAGAAAGCAGAUGCCAAUGCAGCGGCAAAUCAACCACCUAAGAAGAAGAGAUCCCCCAACCGGCUUGUGGUGGAGGAGGCUAUCAAUGACGACAACUCAGUUGUUGCUCUGAACCCCUCCCGUAUGGAAACCCUGCAGAUUUUCAGGGGCGACACGGUACUGCUUCGCGGCAAGAUGCGUCAUGACACGGUGUGUGUCGUCCUGGCGGAUCAGGAUCUUGACGAGGGGAAGAUCAGACUUAACAAGGUGGUUAGGAAGAACCUCCGCGUUCGACUUGGAGAUAUUGUCCACGUGAGCGCAUGUGCGGACUGCCCGUAUGGGAAGCGAAUUCACGUCUUGCCACUUGACGAUACGAUCGAGGGGAUAACGGGCAAUUUGUUCGAGAUUUACCUCAAGCCGUACUUCAUGGAGGCCUACAGGCCCGUGCGAAAGAACGACUUAUUCCUUGUCCGCGGCGGCUUCAGACCGGUUGAGUUUAAGGUUGUCGGGGUGGACCCGGGUGAAUUUUGCAUCGUGGCACCGGACACUGUCAUCCACUGCGAGGGCGAGCCUGUGAAGCGGGAAGAGGAGGAGAGGUUGGACGAGAUAGGCUAUGAAGACAUCGGACGGGCGGUGACAGGCAUAGCGGCCUCGCUGAUGCGGCCGCUGGACAGCAGACCUAGACAGAUGUUUGGUUAG